CGCCACUUAAGCCAUUUCAACGCCAUUUUCAACGGCAAAAAGUCUUUAUGGUUGUUACAAACAAAAUGAUACACAAAGACAAACAUUAAUUUUCAUUUAGAUACAUGCCAAUGUUCUCAUUUAUUCAUUAAGUAAUAUAAACAGCAACACACAUCAUGCUGUCACCGAGCGUUUUAUCUCAUAGUAAUUAUAUGUACUAUAUUAAUGAUAGCCAUUGCAAGUCCUUGUAUCAAACUUACAAAUAGCGCUAUUUUCGUGUCAUAACUCUAUCUAAUAUUUUACAAAAGAUAUAAUUUUGAUAUUCUAUUCUCACAUACACGAUCGAUACCUAUCAAAUUUAAAGUAUUAUUAUUAUUAUAUUAUAUCAAUCAAUAGUGGUAGUAGUAGGAGUAGAUACCUAUUUAAUUAACCAGUGUGAAAUUUUUAAUAACUCUUCAACUAAUUACUGAUUAUGCUUCAACAUUUUCUCUUUUGAAUUCUUCGCUCAAGCAUGAUUAAAUUUAAAAGUAAUCGAAUAACUUUAUCUGAGCUGUGUAAUCGAAAAAUAAUGGAACUGGUAUCAUAAUAAUAUUUUUACAAUUCAUACUAUCUAUAAUUAUAUUUACAAAGUAGCUCUCCCUGUCUAAAAUGUAUAUUAAUACGAAUGAGUUUACCUUCCGCCUAUGUUUUCGCAUCAAAACACGUCACCCUCGAAUCGUUCAUACAGAUAUUGUUCAACAUUAAUACCGAUAACAAUUAUCAUGGUGCGAUUACCGGUUCGAUAUCUUCAACUGUUCCUUCACAAAUGAAUUCUGCUCGGCAUGACGUGCAUUCAUUGUAGACAGUAUUCUUCAUAAUGUUCAGACCAACAAGGAAACAGCUCCCGGUCAAUUUGGUCCUUACCGCUCUGCUGACCAGCGGCAUAACAAUAGUAUGUUCAAUAUCUUACAUAGUUCUCAGUGCAUUAUCAUUAAUUUACAGAAGUAAUUGCCACAUUGGUUUACCAGAGAAUUUAUCAAAUUCGGAUUUAUUUUGGAUUCACCUUUAUAGAUUAUAUAUUCAAGAAGGAUGUGACCAGUCUAUAUACGCAGAGGAUCUGACCACCUCAGGAACGGUGUUCAUAUUAUCCGCUAUCACUUUAGCUAUCUCAAUCGUCUUAUUAAUCGUAUCUGGAUUUUUAACAUCAGUGGUACAGAACAAUGAAAGGAUUCAGUAUGUCAAUCUUGCUGUCUACGGAUAUAUUAUAGUUAGCUUACUAUCCUUGAUUGUGGACCUUACAUUUGGAACUUACUUUGGCAUUGACUACAAAACCCUUAGCGACCAACUGGAUGCCUCUGACGGGAAUUUGGGCAGUAUUUACGCAAAAGAAAUCACGCGACAAGGUGCAUUCUAUUUAAUGACCAUAGUAUUAAAAGGAUAUGUGUAUCACGUAAUCAAUCUUGUGUUGAUAAUACUUCUGGCUAUGUACACGUUGGAAUAUGGAAGCGCUUUGCAAAAAAAUGAGCACUCAAUACACAAAAUGGGCAUAUUGAACGCAUUCGAGACAAAUAGAAGAAUAAAUGAGGGUGAGAGACGACCGCAGUAUUCAGACAUGACGUAUCCACCUUUUGUAAGAAGUAUGCAAGUCAACCACGGCUUCAAUAACGACGAUGAGCUGCCACGUAUCCCAACACGGGAUCCAAUAAGAAUCGAGAAUUCGUCCAACCGAUCGUUCGAUCGAUCUGAUUCGUGGCAUCACAGCCGUUCCGUCCCCGAUCCGGCACAAAGUGGUCGUCCAUUCUCCUACUUGGAGGAGAUCAAACGAACGGUGCCUGUGCGGCCAUCGACUUCUCCCGAAGAAGACCCUCGGUGGCGUAGGGAAUGGACUGCUAACACAGGACCCCCGCUACCGGCGCCGGAUUAUAGUCCUCAACAACCUCGAAGACUCAAAUCAGCCCUGAAAUCGGCUUACAUGUAACAUCAAGUUAAAUUUAAUCGAUUUCUAUCUACAUAUCAGAUUUUCGAGAUUGAUAAUAGGAUUGACUAUGAGUUAAUAUUAUUUAUUUACACCUCGUAUAGUAAUUUUGUACUCAAUGCGAAACUUUUUAAUAAAUUAUCUCCUAAAAAUAGUUCUU